CGCGUGGUUUUGGUGGCAUCUCGCGUGCCUGCGGGGUUGCCAUGUCGUGAUAGGUGCUCCAGCCUAUCGUGCAUGCUGCCUCGAUACGGUAGUGGUGAGCGAGUAAUCGAAUGGAGUCUAUAAAAGUCCAGCGGAUACUUGGAAAGAAGAAUUUGAAUUGAGAGUUCACAAGAAAGAGAAGAGAAAAUGUCUACAUUUACCACGACCCAGGAAGCGACCAAUGUGGAAGGUCAGCCAAUCAAGUUGACGGUUGCGUACGAUGAUAAAGUACACAAAGAGUCCAAGUAUGCCGCGUACCUACCAGUCUACGACAACACCACGAAGUUCCCACCCACGGAACCGUUCGAAUUCACCGACCGUGGCCAUAACGCCGACCCUGCCAAACCAAACCUCCUCAAGAAGGACGAUCCGGCUGUCAAGACGUCAAAAUUGACACCGCGUGUCGGAACUGAGAUUACAGGGCUACAGCUCUCGCGUCUGACCGACGCUCAGAAAGAUGAGCUCGCUCUCCUCAUCGCCGAGCGCGGCGUCGUGAUUUUCCGCGAUCAGGACUUCAAAGAUAUUGGUCCGGACGCGCAGAAGGAGCUUGGAAAGUACUUUGGUCGGUUGCAUGUUCACCCCGUCGGCGCCCACGUGAAAGACCAUAUCGAGUUUCACUCCAUCUACCUCGGAAAGGACAACCUCUACCGCCUAGGCCGUAGCCAGACUAAGCUCACGACGACGGGCUACCACUCCGAUGUCUCUUACGAGCACCAACCGCCGGGCAUCACCAUUCUGACUCUGCUCCAAGUGCCUGAGACAGGUGGUGAUACCGGCUGGACAUCUCAAGCGGCGGCGUAUGAUCGGUUGUCGGAGCCACUCAAGCAGUUCUUAGAGGGAUUGAAGGCAGAGCAUUCUGGCUUCCCACAGGCUGAGAAUGCGGCAAAGGAUGGCCAUUUCGUGCGUCGAGAGCCGGUGAAGAGUUACCAUCCCAUUGUUAGGGUUCAUCCGGUUACGAAACAGAAGGUCCUAUUUGUGAAUCCGGGUUUCACGAAGCGGAUCCUGGGACUGAAGCAGGAGGAGUCGGAUGCUAUCUUGAAGCUGUUAUUCAAGCAUAUCCGCCAGAGCCAGGAUAUCCAGGUCCGGGUGAGAUGGGAUGACCGCACGGUUGCGUUGUGGGAUAAUAGGGUCACUGCCCACACGGCGAUAUCUGAUUACGAUGUUAGCGAUGAAGGUGAAGGUCUCAGACAGGGUUUCCGUAUCACCACGCUGGCUGAAAAGCCGGUGGGAGUAAAUGGGUUGGAGUCGCAUUGGGAUUGAUUAGUUAGGGAGGUAGCGAAAGAUGUAAGGGGGUCGCACGUGACAUCUACUAUAUUUAUUAAUAGAAGCUGGUAUCCCAAUCGAGAGAACCUGCAUACUUCUUGGGGCGUCC